AUGAGUGUCAGGUGCUCCAACUGUGGCCUCCUACACUUCUGUCCACAGAUGGGAUGUGGGAAAAGAAGUCUGCUGAUAAUUCAAUCUGCAGAAAGUACGGCGUGCCUGCCCUCUGGGAUGUGUAGUUUCCAGGCCCUCUCUCAGUUCCUGUGCCUGCUGCCGUGGUCUUGGUGGCACCCUUCCCCAGUGGUCAGCCCAGGGCUCCCCCCGUCCAUGCAGUCCCACGCUACCACCGCCCAGGGCCUCAGCGACCCCCUCUUUGCGGCCUACACUCUCCCCACCUUCAAGUUCCAACCUCGCCAUGAGAGGAUGGACUGGAGGCGCAUUAGCGCCCUGGACGUGGACCGCGUGGCACGGGAGCUGGAUGUGGCCACCCUGCAGGAGAACAUCAUCAGCGUCACCUUCUGCAACCUGGACCGGGAGGUGUGCGGCAGCUGUGGGCAGCCCGUGGACCCAGCGCUGCUCAAGGUGCUGCGGCUGGCGCAGCUCAGCAUUGAGUACCUGCUGCACUGCCAGGACUGCCUGAGCACCAGCGUGGCCCAGCUGGAGGCGCGGCUGCAGGCCAGCCUGGGCCAGCAGGAGCGUGGCCAGCAGGAGCUGGGCCGCCAGGCUGACGAGCUCAGGGGCGUGCGGGAGGAGAGCCGCCGGCGGCGCAAGAUGAUCAGCGCCCUGCAGCAGCUGCUCCUGCAGACGGGCGUCCACAGCUACCAUGCGUGCCACCUGUGUGACAAGACCUUCAUGAACGCCACCUUUCUCCGGGGCCACAUCCAGCGCAGACAUACGGGCGUGGUGGAAGGUGUGGACCCCACAGGAAAGCAGAAGAAGCAGGAGCAGCCAGUGGAGGAGGUGUUGGAAGAGCUGUGGGCCAAGCUGAAGUGGACCCAAGGGGAGCUGGAAGCGCAGAGGGCAGCGGAGAGGCAGCGGCAGCUUCAGGAAGCAGAGAUCACUCGCCAGAGGGAAGCAGAAGCUAAGAAAGAAUUUGAUGAAUGGAAAGAAAAAGAGCGGGCCAAGCUAUAUGGGGAAAUAGACAAGCUCAAGAAAUUAUUUUGGGAUGAAUUUAAAAGUGUUUCCAACCAGAACUCUAUGCUAGAAGAGAAACUGCAGGCACUGCAGUCCCACAAGGUGAUGAAGUCCAACCUCGGGUCCCUGCAGGAUGAGGAACCCGAGGAACGACUCAGCCAGGCUCAGGAGCUCCGGGGCCUGAAGGAGAAGGUGGAGAUUCAGAAAACAGAAUGGAAGAGAAAAAUGAAGGGUUUGCAGGAAGAGCAUGCAGCUCAGAAGAGAGAGCUGCAGGAGCAGAACGAGAGGCUCCAGGCCUCCCUGUCUCAGGAUCAGAGGAAAGCAGCUAUCCAGGCCCAGCGCCAGAUCACUGCCCUUCGCGCCCAGCUCCAGGAACAAACCAGGCUCAUCGCCUCCCAGGAGGAGAUGAUCCAGACCAUGUCUCUCAGGAAGGUGGACGGGAUCCGCAAGGACCCGAAGGCUGUGGACACAGAGAACGACUCUUCCGAGGAAGAGCUGGAGGACUCCCGCAGUGGACAGCAGAAGGUGCUGGCAGCUCUCAGUCGAGACUCCACCUUGCUGAGGCAGUUCAGGCCAGUCCUGGAGGACACCCUGGAGGAGAAGCUGGAAAGCAUGGGGAUAAAGCGAGAUGCAAAGGGAAUCCCUGCUCACACCCUCCGACACCUGGAGUCCCUCCUGCGAGCCCAGCGGGAACAGAAGGCGGGGAGGUUUUCUGAAUUUCUGAGUCUGAGGGAGAAGCUCAUCAAGGAAGCCAGCAGCAGAGUGAAGGAGGAGAGACAGUGGAACAGGGCCCCAGUGUCCCAGCCAGACGGCGAGGCUCCAGUCAAAAGCCAGCACAGCACAGCGGUCACCAAAGAGGCCCAGCCAAAGGCCAGGACCCUGCACGUGGCACAGUCAUCCAAGCCGGCAGAGUCCCCUGUGUCACCUCUUCAGAGCCGCAGCAGCCACGGCCCGGGCCUGGCUCAGGGGCCCACCCCUACUCCUGGCUCCAGAGCGCCUGGACCCUCCAGCACCCUGCCUUACCUGGGGCCCGGGCUGAGCAGUACGCCCCCGUUCAGUUCUGAAGAGGCCUCGGAAGCAGAUGCCAGCUCUCAUGUGUCCCUCCAGCCCCCGAGAGUUCCUUCGAGGAUGGGGCCCUGGCCGCAGGAUGACUCGGACUGGUCUGACACCGAGACCUCGGAGGGGAGCGCCCAGACGCCUGGCAAGAGCUCAGGAACACUGGUGCGGUCGAUGGCCAGAAAUCAUGAGAAGCAGCUGGAGGCUUUGGCCAAGAAGCCUGCUGGAGAGGUCAGUCUGUUCUGCAAGCCCAAUGCCGGGUCACAGAGGGCUGCUGUGCCAGGAGGGAAGCCCCAGCUUUCUGAAGAUGAGAGUGACUUGGAGAUCUCUUCCUUGGAAGAUCUCGCCCAGGACCUGAUCCAGAGAGAGAAACCAAAGCCCUUGUCUCGCUCGAAGCUCCCAGAGAAGAUUGGUGCCAGCUCCUGGAGCCCUGGUCAGCCCAGGGCCCCUGGCUGGUGA